UCAGGCACCUAGGCAACGUUUAAUCAUCUCUGAAGCAGCUAAUCUCAGAGACUUUCUUUCUGAGAUUUAUACAUCAAACGUCCCAAUUAACUAUUAAUUAUUAUGGCUAAAAUGCAUUAGUCUUUUACCGCUGAACCCCUGCCAGAGUUGAAACUAGGUUUGCCGGAGGCAUAAUCAGAAGAUGCGUUUCGAGGCAAAGCGAUGUGGAGUGCGGUUCUCCCCACCUUCCAUAGUUUUAAUUUAUCAACACACGGAAACCAAAAAAGUGCGAAAAAGAAUAAUACCUGUAAGGAACUUCUCAAAGUAUUCUGACUAUAGCAUGGCUGCUGAAUUGCUGAAGAACCACCCUCGACACAGGGACUACCUGCAAGGUGUGUCUCAAAGCCAGCUGGAGAAGCUUCACAUCAUCCUGCGAGAUCACAUGCAGGGCUUCAGCCUGGAGCACAGCCUGGCCUCAUUCCACCUGGACCCAAAUGAAGACCUGAACAAACUGGACGAUGAGGAGCUGGCCCGCAAGAAGGGCCAAAUGGACGAACUGUUUGAGAAGAACUGCAGGCGCAAAGAUGAUCCCAACUUUGUUUAUGACCUCGAGGUGGACUUCAGCAAGCCCGCCCAAGAAAAGUGCAGCUGGGAUGACGAGUCUGAUGAUGGAUUUUAAAAUUGUUUUCCAAUCCUCUCUCAAACUUGCUUAUUCUCAGUGUUACUUCAUCCAAAUCACAGAAGAAGCAGUUUUUUCCUGCUUACUCCUGGUGAUAUCUUGCUAAUUUUGAGAUCUCUGUUGUUUUGUUCAACCCCAAAACAAGGGCAUUGAACAGAUGGCACUCAAGCCAGCCAAAACAGAAGAAUCAAUGUUUUGGAUAUUCUGAAUUAUCCACAGACCUCACUGUCAAUAUUUUUAAUUGAAAAGUACUUUAGAUAGUUUUUGUACUUUGUUAGAAAAUAUAAGUGUUCUCAGUGAAAGCAGGGAGGUCUGGACUGUAAAAGUAACUGGGAUAUUGUUUUGGAAGAAAAUGGUGGUGUUUAAAUUCUUUGUGUAAUUUGUUAAUGCUUUGAGUGCCACAAAUGAAAUACCAUUUGUUUUCAAUGUAAUGGGGAGAAGGCAGUAGUCUCAUCACCAACUAAAACCAACCAUCUACAAUGGUUAGAUACCACUUGGGGUACAUCAUUUGUAAAUGAGGUGAAACUACCCGACCAAUGUUUUUGAAUGCCCGGUGGUCAUUUUAUACACACAUCACAUGUUCCAUCUCAAAAUGCAAUGAAAGAAAAUAAUGCAUGAAUA